AUGCCUGAAAUAAUUGGUGAUUAUCAAUAUAGCAAACGAGACUUGAUUGGACAUGGUGCAUUUGCUAUUGUAUUUCUUGGUCAUUUAAGAUCUAAUCCUUCACAACAUGUUGCUAUAAAACAAAUAACAAAAAAACACUUGGCAAAAUCGCAAAGUUUACUUGAAAAAGAAAUUAAAAUUCUUAAAGAAUUAACAAAACUUAAACAUGAAAAUCUAGUUGCAUUAUUUGAUUGCAAAGAGAGUCAAAAUAAUGUCUAUCUUGUUAUGGAGUAUUGCAAUGGUGGUGAUCUUGCUGAUUAUCUUCAAUCAAGACAAACUCUUAGUGAAGAGAUAAUAGCUAUAUUUUUUCGACAAAUAGCCGCUGCAAUUCAUACUUGUCACGAACAUAAUGUUGUUCAUCGAGAUUUAAAGCCUCAAAAUAUUCUUUUAUCCCAUCCCGACAAAGCUAAUCCACGUGUACAAGACAUUAUUUUAAAAAUAGCUGAUUUUGGAUUUGCUAGGUUUUUAUCUGAUGGCGUUAUGGCGGGCACAUUGUGCGGUUCUCCAAUGUAUAUGGCACCUGAAGUCAUUCGAUCAUUAAAAUACGAUGGAAAAGCUGAUUUAUGGUCAAUAGGCACAAUAAUGUAUCAAUGUUUAACAGGUAAAGCUCCAUUUCAAGCUCAAACACCACAAGCACUAAAACAAUAUUAUGAGCGAACAAUUAAUUUGUCACCUGUAAUUCCUCUAUCAACAUCUCCAGCGUUAGCGGAUUUAAUACGACGAAUAUUGAAACGUGAUCCAACAGAACGCAUUGAUUUUGAAGAUUUUUUUAGCCAUCCAUUUUUAAAAAAAAAUCAAUCUGUAAUUGUAUCAGAAGCAUCAAACUUAGAUGUAACUAAUUCCUCGAUAUUACGAGAUGGUAUUGGAUCUCAAGGACAAAAUCUUAAUGAAUUGAAUCUUCGACAGUUCAAUCGUCAAAUCGAUACUAUACCCGAGCAUGAACAAGUUAUUUUACCAAAUACAGUAUCAUCAGCGCAAUCAAAAACUAACACUAAGAAUCAAGAUUCAUCAUCACUUGAUACUAUUUCACCAAUGACUACAAAUAAAUUUUCAAUUAAACGUCCACUAAAUCAAACAACAACAUUUGCGCAAAUACCAGAGCAAGGUACUCAUACAUCGUUUGCUCAAAUGUUACGAGAUAAACGUAUAAAUCAAGAACCACAAGUCAUUGCUACAGUAAAUCAAACGGAACCGACAUCAUUACGGUCCGAUAAUUUUGCAUUGGCAGCUAUCGAAAAUACCAGCCCAGUGAAAGAAACGCGAGCUUCCAGUACCAGUCAGCCAAUACCUGUUCCAACACAAGUUCAUAAUUAUGAAAAAAUGCAAGAAUCAAGAGAUCGGGCCAAAAGUUUUGGUGGAACAGCAGCCGGCAGUCCAAAUGAUAAUUCAUAUGAUGAUCGACGUGCAUCUAUUGAGCGUCUUCGUCGAGCAAGUAUUGCUUCGUCCAAUUCUGAUCUUGCAAAUUCAAUUAGUCCUCCUACUGUACGAUUUACAACUGAUGCAACAAAUACAUUUCGUACAUCACCGGCAACAUCUAAAAAAAGUCCAUCAGGAUCAUCAAGAGCAGUUCAAAAUUCUCUUUCCAAUUCAAAUCUUCCUCAACAACAAAAUUCCAAAUUAAAUAUUGAUACAUGGGCACUUAAGUCACGACAAAAAAUACUUGAUAACGAAAAUACACGUGAUCAACUUUUUGAACAAGAAAAUAAUCUAGAAAUUUUUACGAAAAAUACAGAUCAACUAACAACAAUAGAAUCAGAUAAUCGACGUGUUAUUUCACUUUUUGGAGAUUCAAAACCUGAAGAUUAUUAUUAUGAACCACAAAGAAUAAUCGAUGAUACGUUAUUAAAUAGUGAACAUCAUGAUACAAUUGGGAAACUUCAAUUUAUUCUUCAACUAGUGGAAUAUAUUUUAAAUUUAGCUAGUUCUCGUUCAAGUUUACUAGCAGAAUCCAUAAGUUUAAAUAAUAAGAACAAUAAUAAUUAUUCUCGGCAAAAAACAGAUCGACUUACACAUGCUGAUGAUUUAUAUAAGCGUGCUGAACAAUUAACUCUUUAUGUUAAAGCAAUGCAUUUUCUCAGUUCAGCAUUGUGCCUUGCCCGUGAUACAGUGAAAACAGGAAAAUUACAUUCAACAGAUACUGUUAGAACUGCUGUUAGUGAUUUAAACAAUAAAUAUAAAUAUUGUUUGGUAAUGUGUAAACGAUUGAGUACACAACAAGAAUUUGUGGCGCAUGAUGAACUGAAAGGUGUUUCAUUGACUGCUGAUAAAUUACUUUAUUUACAUGCUAUAGAAUUAUGUUUAAAUACAGCAAGCUUAGAAUUUUUCGGUAAAGCAGAAGAGUGUGUUCAACCGUAUACUGAAGCUCAAGUUUUAUUCCAUAGUUUAAGUCAACAGGCGAUAACUGAGUGCGAUCGUUUAACUUUACAACAAUAUCGUGAAGCUGUCGAACGACGUUUACUUUGUCUUCAAAGUCAGGGACUUACUAUGGCUAAUGAACCAACAACAACAUAA